GGUGGUGCCUGUUUCCCCGCCUUGCAAAGCGUCCGCCAGCGAGCCCUGCUCUGGGGAGGCCCGGGGCGACCUCCAGCGUGCACACACGGGCCUCGCUUGCCCCGGCUGUGGGGUUUGUCGUCUGAGCACGGGCCCCAUUAGCUUUUGGCAAAGGGAUUGCAACUGGGUUCAGACUUUCCGCUUGGAACUUGGCCUCCCUUCCUUCCAAGCUGGGAGACAGGAAGUCAACACACACACGGAGGGUGGGGUUCGGAGGCCGGAUCUCACGCGCGCCGCUGGGCUGCGGCCGUCAAGGAGGCUCCUUCCUGCUGCCGCCAAGGAUGGAGAGCCGCUGGGGCCUCCUUUGGGUCUCGGUGCUGAGCUUCCUGGCGCACGUGCAAGGUCAGCGUGACUUUGAUUUGGCCGACGCUCUCGACGACCCCGAGCCCACCAAGAAGCCCAACUCAGAUCUCUACCCAAAGCCGAAACCGCCGUACCACCCGCAGCCCGGGAUGCCGGACGACAGUGGAAGUCUCUACCCCAGGCCGAAACCGCCGUACCACCCGCAGCCCGGGAUGCCGGACGACGGUGGAAAUAUCUACCCCAGGCCGAGGCCACAUCCUCGCCCCCAGCCCGGCGGUUCUGACGGCGGCGGAGGUUACUUCGGCAACACCGACCGGGAUGACGGCCGCUACCCGCCCAGACCCAAGCCGCCCGCAGGAGGCGGUGGGAGCUACUACCCCAGCAACGACGGGUCCGGGAACACGCACGGAGGAGGGCGCUCUAGACCCAAAUCUUACGGAAAUAAUUAUGGCGGAGACGGAUACUCGACCUACGGGAACCCACAGGGCAACACGGUCGCGAAAAUCGUGUCUCCCGUCGUGUCCGUGCUGGUGGUCACGCUGGUGGGUGCCGCGGCCGGUUACUGCCAGCGCAACCGCGUGAGGAACUGUUUGCGGACAAACGAACCAGCACACGUGUGAGGGUUUGGAGAUCCAGCGGUCGCUUGGGGAGACGCUCAGUGUAGACGGGAAUGCCGUGGGCCAUUCCUGGGACGCUUCCUUUCGUCAUUGACCUCACCCGCCGCCCUGACGUGGCUUCAGUUUGGCCCCGAAAGCAUCCCCAGUCUGCGGGACGCGGUGCAUUCCUGAGCUUGACUGGGUUCCUCCCCGGGUCGAACAACGAUUCUUCCUUCCUCUGAUGGUUCGAUCGCGCACGUGGACAGAUGCCGACUCUGGCUUGGGUUCCCUGCGCUACCUCGGCCUGCGUGUCUCCCUGAAGCACAGUGCGGGGUCCCAGGACACGGGUGCUGUCUUCUCCGGGGGUAUCGGGAACACCACUGGGGGUGGCGGAUGGUUUCCAGGAAGCUCUGGGGGGAAGCUUGGCCCAGGCUGAGUCUCCAUCCAAGGGCCAGUGCCCUCCAGUGCCCGCCGGUUUGGCUCUUGUGGGAUGCGGGAUUGUUACCCCUGGGGACGGCUUUGACCAGCCCUCCCUGCCCUGCCCGUGACCUGCACGCGCCGAGGCUGGCUUUCGGGAUUGUGCAUGCACAGUUGCUGGAGUGCAAGCCAUCUCGGGGGCGGGAGGCGGGGGCAGGGGUGGGGGAAGCGGCCUCAGGAUGCUUUUCCUUUUCCUGUGAAAUCUUAAGGUUUUGGGAUUUCUGGGAAAACGGGGGACAGCGAUCGCAAUGUGUGUCUCUUGACUGUCCUCUCAUAUCAGUUUCCAUCCGAUGCCCUGUAGGUUUCUGUCCUUUGUGCGACGCCAUCCUUUUUCUUAGUGUAUGCUUUUUUUUUUUUUAAAGACCCAUAAUAGGAAACCUUAAACGUCUAAGCAUCUGAAAUGCAGACUCUCUGUUUGUUUCUAUUUUACUAACAUUUGGGGGGAAAGGAAAAAGGACAGUUGGGGCUUAUGGGUAUAGGUUCCUUCGACUUAGGUACAUGCUUAGAGCACUUUUGGGCUUUGCCCUAAAUAUCAGAAUAAAAACAAUUAAUGCCCUCUGCAACUCGUGGAGAGGGCCCAGAAAAGUCCUAAAUAUGCAGGCUUAUGAACCUAGGGGUGCCGAACGCAGAAAGCCCUAAAGAGAGCGUUCCAGAAACCCAAAGGGAUUUGCAGCCAAGAAUCUCGAUUGUGGGGUCCUGCGUCCGGGAUUUGUGGGUGAUUGGAGCCGUUUCAAGGCGGCCGCCCGGCAUUCCUCCUGGGACGGGAAUGUCCUUGCGCGCACGAGGUUUCCUGGAUGUGAGUUUCGGUGCUGGGUUUCUCGUGACGGGGGUGGAAGGCGUGUGUGAAUGCGUGUGGGCGUGCACAGACACACACGUUUGCACCUUUGCAAUCAGACUGACACGCCAUGGAAGCAUUUAUAAGGACGUACAUCCAUCAGUUUUUUUUUUUUCUGUACCUGUCAUACAUAAAUUUUCGUCACUCUAAAUAAACGUAAAAGAAAAAAAAAAAA